AUGUGUGGAGACGAGGUCUUUUUAGGAUUCGACCCAACUGUGUCCCUCAAUGAUAACGGCGAUGUCGUAUCAAUCGUUGUGCGAGGAACUAAGUCUAAAGUGACUUACAUCGUGGACCAAAAGCUUCAUGUCGCCACAGGACUUACUGGGCGAUGCACCAGAGUGUGGCAGGCUCAUAGCUCCACCGACCCCAAGCAAUCUGUCAUCAUCAAAGAUGCUUGGCCUUCUGUCGCUAAAGCAUCAAAAGAAUCUGAGAUGCUUGCACGCUUGAAAGAUGUGACUGGGGUACCCAAUGUUAUAACGGCAAUAACUGUAAAGACAUGGGAAUAUGGUGAUAAGCCUAAAGCUGACACUUUCGACACGACAGACAGAGUUCGUCGCGAAAUAGCGCCCAGUAACUAUCGGACCCGCAAGCAUCGUCGGCUUGUUAUGGGGACACUUGGAAUCAAGGUCCAUCAUUUUGAAACGCUGUCGGAAUUAAUUGGCGCUUUUCAAGAUGUUAUUGCUGCCCAUCGUGACGCAUGUGCGAGAGGCGUUUUACAUCGGGACAUCAGUCUCAAUAAUAUUAUGCUUCAGGGUACAUCGCCGAACCGCAAAGGCCUCCUCAUCGACUUCGAUCAUGCAUUGUACCAGCAAAAGAAUGACACCUACGGACGCAAAGCAGUAGAUGUCAUUGAUGAUAACGAUAUAAAUUCCUCACUAGCACCCCCCGGGUCACCUGUCAAAACUGUUGCAGUGCUAGAGGAUGCGCAGGUGGCUUCUAAGCGUAAGCGAACAAUCCAGGAAUCAGGAACCAUGCUCGACGACGUUCAGCUUGCAAUGGAACAGACAGGAACACCCCUGUUCAUCGCCACCGCCCUAUUGCUGGGCACUGAGCUGCAUCAAGACAAACAUGAUCUCGAAUCCAUCUUUUAUGCUUUUCUCUAUGCAUUGAUGGCCUUCAAAGGCCCCGGCGCCACCCGCAACAAAGCGGACUUCCUUGCAUUGCCCAGCAUGCCCGCUAUACUGGAUUGGUUUGAUCUCAAUGUGAUGCAAACCUGCUUCAGUAAGAUGGCACACAUCAAGAUGGGACACUUCUGCGACUUCGAAAGGACCUUCAUAAAGAAAAUGGAUCCCUACUUCAAUCAACUCCAUCCUUUCAUCCGAUCUCUCUUUGCUGCCACCUUUACUGACAAUCAUUGUGACCGUUCCCAUCUUGACCAUAAUCUGAUGCUAAAUUUGUUCAACACUGAGUACGAGAGGCUGCUAGCUUUGGAGAAAGAAGAGGAAGAUGAGGGUCGGCCGAGGAAGCACGCCAAAACCGACAAGUCAAAAAUCAGAGGAAGUUCAAAUUUACUUCCGUAA